GUUGCUAUUGUCAUAUAAAUUUUGCAUGAGGAAGAUUUACGUACAAUCUAACUAAGCUGAGAGUGCAAGACUCGGUCUUACAAUGGCUUGCAGGAUCUUGAUCCUUUUAUUCGUUUUGGAUGUGGUGCCCCAACUUAUGUUUGGAAUGCCACAACCAUUCUCUGAACUGAGAAUUAUAAAUGGAUCAAAUGCAACUGAAGGCGAGUUUCCAUUCAUGGCAGCUAUCUUCUACAAAGGGUACUUCACAUGUGGAGGAACGAUUCUCUCAGAAGACUGGAUACUUACAGCAGCGCAUUGUGUUAAUGAUCGAGACCUUACUCAGUUUUCUGUGCUGACUGGAACUAUUGAUCUGGAUGGCGAUGAUGGAAGACUUACUUAUGUCAGCCAAAUUAUUGUCCACAAGGGCUAUCAGGACUCGGAUAAUCAAGUCAAUGACAUCGCUUUAUUCAGGUUGAGUGUAGCACUAGAGUAUGAUUCUGUGACACAGCCCGUCACUCUGUCUGCGCAAAACACUGAUCCUUCAGCCAACUCUAAAGUAGUAGUCACAGGUUGGGGAGUGAGUAAGAUCAAUGGCAACCCAGUCCGAUAUCUGCAGAAGGCUACAAUCCAAAUAAUCUCCAACCCAGACUGCUCGGCACCUUACAAGCCCUAUAAUAUCAGUAUACUUUCCACCAAUGUGUGUGCUGGGACUGCAAACGGAGGAAUUGGACAAUGCACAGGUGAUUCUGGUGGCCCUGUUUUGGUGGAAGGCUCGAAUACUUAUCAAGUGGGAAUCAUAUCCUUCUCUGCCAAACCUUGUGGAAUCAAAGGCUACCCUGGUGUGAACACUAGAGUGUCUCAAUACCUCGGCUGGAUACAAGGACAGUCAGGAUUGUGAAAAGGAAAAACCAGGAACCAGUGACGGUCAACAUAUUAUUCAAAGCUCUAAAGAUCAAACUCACGAUUAAGUCUACUGCAGAUUGUAAAUGACAAGUAAAUAGGGAAUGAGUAAUACAUA